AAAAAGGCUAAUGUUGUCAUUUAACUAGGUUGGUUGACUCGGAGAAGACUAGAAAUAGUCCAGUCCACAAUCAUGGUCUCCUUCCACAUUGCACAACUCAUUCUUCUUGAUCUUCUUUCUCCCCCAUUCUUCAUAUGGCCUGAUCAAACAAAUUUCUAUCUUGGUUCUCCUUUUUUCUCAUUCCUAUUGAUAUGAAACCAUGGAAAACCAAAAAACAAGCAUCAAUUUCAUUCUGGGUUUGUUCUGUUUGUGCAUUUGUUUGAAAUCUCAGCUAGCUCUUGGAGCAGACUCAAUUUCUGGUAAUCAGUCCCUUUCAGGUGACCAGACUCUUAUCUCCAAAGAUGGGAACUUUGAGCUGGGAUUCUUCUCACCAGGUAAGAAUUCCUCCAGAUUCUACAUAGGAAUAUGGUACAAGAAAGUUAGUGAACCAACCGUAGUUUGGGUUGCUAACAGGGUAGCCCCAGUAAAAGAUAAAUACUCUUCAUCCCUUACAAUUCAAGGUAGUAAUUUAGUGAUUUUGGAUGAGUCCCAGAAGUCUAUUUGGUCUACGAAUGUGAGUGCUACAAAUUCAGGUCCUGUGGUUGCUGUUCUUCGGGAUGAUGGUAAUUUGGUUUUAACUGAUGGGUCAUCAAUCUUGUCGAAUUCUAGUUCAAUCCCACCAAUUUGGCAAAGUUUUGAUAACCCAACAGAUACAUGGUUACCUGGUGGCAAGCUUGCUUAUAAUAAAGUUACUAAGAAACUGCAGAUUUUAACCUCAUGGAAAAAUUCUGAAGAUCCUGCUCCUGGGCUUUUCUCUCUUGAGCUUGAUGCCAUUGAUAAUCAGUAUGUGAUAAAGUGGAAUAGGUCUCAACAGUAUUGGGUCAGCGGAGCUUGGGAUGAGCAAAGCAAACUUUUUAGUUUGGUACCUGAAAUGAGGUUGAAUUAUAUUUACAAUUUCAGCUAUGUUAAUAAUGAGAAUGAGUCUUACUUCACAUAUAGCGUCUACAGUUCUGCAGUCAUAUCUAGAUUCGUAAUGGAUGUGUCGGGGCAAAUUAAGCAGUUUACUUGGUUGGAUACUACCAAGCAGUGGAAUAUGUUUUGGUCUCAACCUAGACAACAAUGUGAAGUUUAUGCUUUUUGUGGGGAAUUUGGCAUUUGUAAUGAGAAUUCGUUGCCCUUUUGCAACUGUUUGGGGGGUUUUGAUCAUAAAUCAGAAGCAGAUUGGAAUCUUAAUGAUUUCUCUGGGGGCUGUGUAAGGAAAACAGACUUGCAAUGUGUAGAAAAUAGUAGUGGAAAAGGCCAGAAAAAUAAGUUCCGGGUCUACCCAGGGAUGAGUUUACCUCGAAAUCCUCAGCCUGUGAAGGUUGGGAAUGCUGCCGAAUGUGAAUCUAGCUGUUUGAGUAAUUGCUCUUGUACUGCUUAUACUUAUGACAGCAAUGGAUGCUCCAUUUGGAAUGAGAGGCUCUUGGAUCUCCAACAGCUGUCUGCAGGUGAUAAUAGGGGUAAAUCAAUUUACAUUAGGCUUGCGGCGUCUGAGUUUUCGAGUGGAAAGAAAAACACAGCGGCUAUUGUGGGUGCUGGUGUGGGGUCUGUCGCUCUUGUGCUAGUCAUAUUGGCUGUCAUUUUGUUUGUAAUGCUGAGACGUAGGAGGAGAAUGGUUGGAGCUGGAAAAGCAGCAGAUGGGUCUCUGGUGGCAUUUAGCUACAAAGACUUGCAGAAUGCCACCAAAAACUUUUCGGAGAAGUUGGGAGUGGGAGGUUUUGGUUCGGUAUUUAAAGGAAAACUACCUGAUUCAAGUGCCAUAGCUGUGAAGAAGCUUGAAAGUGUCAGCCAAGGUGAAAAGCAAUUCCGUACUGAAGUUAGCACCAUUGGAACAAUCCAACAUGUCAAUCUUGUUAGGCUUAGAGGAUUUUGCUCUGAAGGUAAUAAGAAACUGCUGGUGUAUGAAUACUUAGAAAAUAGGUCCCUGGAUUCCCAUCUUUUCCAUGACGAUGAAUCCAGGGUAUUGAGCUGGAAGAUAAGGUAUCAAAUUGCUCUAGGAACUGCUAGAGGGUUAGCUUAUCUCCAUGAGAAAUGUCGGGAAGUCAUCAUUCACUGUGACAUUAAGCCAGAAAACAUUCUUCUCGAUGCUGAAUUCUGUCCAAAAGUUGCAGAUUUUGGUCUUGCAAAGCUCAUGGGGCGUGAUUUUAGUCGUGUUUUGACAACCAUGAGAGGAACACGGGGGUAUCUUGCGCCAGAGUGGAUAUCUGGAGUAGCCAUUACAGCUAAAGCAGAUGUUUAUAGCUAUGGCAUGAUGCUUUUUGAGUUCAUAUCCGGAAAGAGAAAUUCUGAGAGUUCUCCGGAUGGAGUACUGAGGUUCUUUCCUUGUUGGGUUGCCCGUGUAAUUGUUGAAGAAGGUGACGUCCUAAGCUUGUUAGAUCCAAAAUUGGAAAGGAUGGCUGAUGCCGCAGAGGCGUUAAGACUAUGUAAAGUGGCAUGUUGGUGUAUUCAAGACGAUGAAAAUCAUCGGCCAUCCAUGGGUCAGGUUGUUCAGAUCCUUGAAGGAGUCUUGGAUGUGAAUUUACCUCCUGUUCCACGAGCGCUCCAGAACUUUUUCGACAAUCAAGAGGAUGUAGUUUUCUUCACUGAGUCAUCAUCAAACCAGAGUUCAGAACCACAAAGCAAGGUUUCUAGUACUUCAGCUUAUUCCAAGAGCACUUCCGAAUCAUCAAAAGUUUCAGAAAGUUGAAGCUGGUUUGUUUCUGCAUCUUUCUUGAUGUAUAUAUGUAUAAUCAGAGAUAAGGUAAUAUAGUAUACAUUGAAUAUACUUUGAAUUUCCAAUUAAGUUAAUUCAUGUUUGCAAACAUUUCCAAUUCGUUUUCGAGUACUUUAGCCAUUUAAUUGGCUUCAAAUAACUCUCCUAUGUGAUUCUCGAUUCUGUAAACUGUAGUUUCAAGUCAUUUGACGGCUAAUCGCUUAUCAAAUGUAUUAGCAUAUAAACUGAAAUAGAAUUAAUUUGCUAUAAUGAGAUCUGUCUGUUGUAACUGUCAAGGAUUAGGAUAUCAACUGAAGAGUUGAUUUAUAAAAUCAAAUAUUAUUGUUGUAACUUAUUAUCUUAUCUUAUAUAUUAUAUGUAUCCUAACUAUUUCCUAUUUUGAUGUAACUUCGUGCAUAAAUAUACUACUCUAUACUCAAUGAAAG